AUGGCUGCUGAAUCAGCAUGUCAAAGCACUGAUGCUUUAAAUGAUCAAGUAAUUUAUGAAAGUACUGUGCUUCUUCCUAAAGAAAAUUUUCACUUCGCAGAUAUUACUAUAGAUAGUGUUUCCAAACGCCUACAAAAACUAAAUGUCUCAAAAGCGACAG